CUGCAAUUUUCUUCCUAUAUUUUUUUUUGUUUAUAUUAAUUAAUAAAAUGGCUGGGGAAGCUGUUUUAAAAUAUUUGACAGAUACAAAUCGUCCGUAUUCGUGUGCCGAUGUGACUACGAACCUCCGUGGAACGUAUACAAAGACCGCUGUGCAGAAGGCACUUGACUCUUUGGCCGAAGUGGGAAAAAUAAAAUGUAAAUUGUAUGGAAAACAAAAAGUGUACGCCGCUAUACAACUUGAUAAUACAGAUGGUGAUAGUGAUAUAGAAGAUUACGACAAUCAACUUAAAAAUCUGAUGCAGUCUAUAACCGAUAGUACAAAUACAUUAAAAACAGCUGAAAUAAAUCUAAAAAAUCUUACCUCUGCUCCUACUACUGAAGCAGCUAUAAAUGAAAUAGAAGAAAUUAAAAAGCGUUUAGAAAACCAUGAAAUCAAAUUGAACAAUUUAAGAAGUUCAACGGAGAUUAUAAAUCCAGUUGAAAAGAAUAAAAUUCUGAAUGAUUUUGAUAAAUUUUUCAAGGAAUAUAGAAAGCGCAAAAGAAUCUGUAAUGACAUGCUCGAAGCAAUAUUAGAAGGAUAUCCAAAAUCCAAGAAGACAUUGCUAGAAGAGCUUUGUAUAGAAACGGAUGAGAUGGUCAAUUUCAAAAUUGUUACUAAUUCUUACUAACCAUUAGUGUUUUUUUUUUUUUAUAAUAAAAACAAAAAUUAACGCUCAAGUUCUAGAACAUUAUAUUUCUAAUGUUAUUCUAUUUUUCACUUUCAAGAGCAAUUUGUAAGUAAAAUUUUGCAUUUUAAAUAAAUAUUUAUGAAUA